UAUAUUUCAUUAAUCAACAGAGGAUGUGAAACUUAACCCUUGUCAUAAAUUUGAAUUGCAUCGGUGGUCAUUGAGUAGCGUGGCGAAAAGCAGUGAGAAAUGACAAUAUAGAAAGUUACAAUUUAUGUAUGCAUUUAAGUAAACAAAAUUAUUUUUCUAUGUUAACUGUGAUAAAAUUCAUCUAAUAAAAAAUUUGUGGAUAAGUAAAUAUGAUAUCCUCGUGGUGCUAUUUUGUUGUAUCUGUUGCCUUAUUAAUUGGAUUUCUUCGAAAAUGUCGUGAAUGUACUUGGGGAAGAUGUAAGAAUACGAGUAGUUUAGAAGGUAGAGUUUUUAUUGUAACAGGAGCUAAUUCUGGUAUUGGUAAGGAGACUGUAAAAGAAUUAGCUAAAAGAAAAGCUACAGUUGUUAUGGCUUGUCGAAACAUGCAAAAUGCUAAAAAUGUUAUUUCUGAGAUACGUCAUCAAACUCCUAAUGGUGAACUGUUUCCGAUGGAAUUAGAUCUUGCAUCACUUUCAUCAAUCAGAGAAUUUGCAGCCCAAGUUUUAAAAAUUUUUCCUGAAAUUCAUGUAUUAAUUAAUAACGCUGGAGUAUACAGACCUCUUAGGGAUCAUGCGUUUACUGAAGAUGGAUUUGAAAUUCACUUUGGUGUUAAUUAUCUUGGACAUUUCUUAUUAACCAACUUACUUAUAGAACGUCUUAAAGAAAGUGCACCUAGCAGAGUAGUAAUUAUAACUUCUAAACUUCUGGAAUCAGGUGUUAUUGAUUUUUCUAAUUUAAAUGGUGAAAAGCGUAUAACGACUAAAAGACGUAUGAAUCCAGGUUAUUGUAACUCUAAAUUAGCGAAUGUGUAUUUCGGCAUAGAACUUGCUAAGAGAAUGAAAGAUUACAACGUUAACGUUUAUAUGGUUUGUCCUGGAUUUGCUUACACAGGAUUAUUCAGAAAUGUUAAACGAAGUCGAUUUCAUUAUAUUUUGUUCUUGCCAAUCGCUUUAUUAUUCCUAAGAACUGCAAAUCAGGGAGCGCAGACUGGGUUACAUUGUGCCAUUGAACCUUCCUUAGCCGAUGAAAGUGGACAUAUUUAUCGAAACUGCGAACUUUAUAAAUGUGAUAAGGAAUUCGAUCCCGAAGUAGCGCUUCAAUUAUGGGAAGUAAGCGAAAAAUUGACUGCUGCCAAAGAGACUGCUAAAUAAGUCAUUUUGUCUGAUUCGCAUCAUUUUACUGUAAAUGAUUUGGCCCAUUCAAAGUUUAUUUUUGUAUAUAAAUAAGUACUGUAAUAGAGGUGGUAUAUAUUUUUAUUACCACUAUUCUUUUUAAUGAAAGAAAAGAAACCCAUGUUUAUUUAUAAUUUUAUGAAUUUUUACAUUAUUGCCGAUUCAGUGAGUUAAUAAAUAAAUUAAAUAUGCGCAAUAAUAAUUCCAACAGAAUAUUAUAAUAUUCUGUAUAGCGUAGCCAACUAAACUUAAAUAGUUUAAAGAACAAAUAGAAUGUUACGAAUAAAAGUCUUCAAGAA